CUCCUCCUCCUCCUCGGGGUGUGCUGGCCGGCUAGGAGGGGCGAAUGAAGUUUGGUGGCUGAGGCGAAGUGGGGCCGCCCUCCUUCCUUCGGCUCCGCCUCCCCGCCUCAGUUUGCUCGGGCUACUUGCCGGCAGCAGCCCUCCCUUCCCCCUCAGUUGCUCCGGUCGAAAGGGGACGAGCGCGGCAGCUGCGGACCCUCGGCGGGCGCGAACGUUCAGGAGAGUCCUCUGCUGCCGCGCGCCUCCGAAGCUUCUGGGUAACGCUUCAGAUUUAAAAAAGAAGAGGAACUGUCUUGGACCAUUAAGAUGCAGUUUAUGUUGCUUUUUAGCCGUCAGGGGAAGCUGAGACUUCAGAAGUGGUAUGUCCCGUUGUCUGACAAAGAAAAGAAGAAAAUCACAAGAGAACUUGUUCAAACAGUCUUAGCCCGUAAACCGAAAAUGUGCAGCUUUCUGGAGUGGAGAGACCUGAAGAUUGUCUACAAAAGAUAUGCAAGCCUCUACUUCUGCUGUGCCAUCGAAGACCAGGAUAAUGAGCUAAUAACCCUGGAGAUAAUUCACCGUUAUGUAGAACUGCUUGAUAAAUAUUUUGGAAGUGUAUGUGAACUUGAUAUCAUCUUCAAUUUUGAGAAAGCUUAUUUUAUUUUGGAUGAAUUUCUCUUGGGAGGAGAAGUUCAGGAGACCUCAAAGAAAAAUGUUCUUAAAGCCAUUGAGCAGGCAGAUCUAUUACAGGAGAGCCAGAAUGAAGACUGGGGAGGUUUAUCUGAGGAUAUCUUAUGAUUAAGAGCAAUCUAAAGCCUUAGCGUUUUGAUCCCCAUCCGUAUGAUUGCCACGUCAUGAAUACUUUAAUGUCCCAGUAUACUAAAUGACUUCAUUCAUCAUGCAUAGAGAGAGGCGAUAGAGCUGGCUUACUCAUGGCAGAACACUUACCCUCAGCUUGAUGAAUCCAAUCAUCUUGAACAAAUUAGUGUAUACCACACAGUUACUUUUGCCGUUUGUGUAUUUCUUGUCCUAUCAUUUGUGAUGUCUGUGUUUUUCCUUUCAUGUGUCUUGUUAGCAUGCCAUAAUUUCAUAUUAAACAUUUAAAUAUAUCAUCAGCACUUGACAAAGCAUGUAAUAUUCAAACAGAAAUAUUUUGCUGAGCCUAAUUUUAGAAUUCAAAUACUGUAUAAUACAAUAUUGUAAAACAUAGAUACAACAUAGAAAUCCAUUGAUGUGUGAUAGUCUUUGGUUGAGUAAAUAAAAUGUUAGUUUAGAACACAUUUCCUUAUUCACAGGUCAUAAUGAAAAGCCUUGAAGGCCUCAGAAAAAUACUAUAUUUAAAAACUAAGUACUAUGAUCUUACAUUCUCAAAAGCUUCUAAGCACAUAGUGCUCUGUUUAUAGAAAUACUUUCUCACUCUUUGUAAUGUGCACGUAAAGCUGCUGCAACAUCUUUAGCGGGCUAGUGAAGACUACCCAAGCAGUGCUAUACCUUGCUAGUAUUAGUACAAAAGCAUCCACAAAAAUUGUUGUAUUGUAAACGAGGAAAGUUGCCACUUCUGCAGUUUCUCUUCUAAAACAUGAAGAGCCUCAAGUGCAGCAGUGGAAGAAAGCUUGAUUCUGUUUGUUAUUGCUCAGGAAAGUGAAUGCUAUAUUAUGAAGUCAGGUAAUCGUAAAGGAAACAAAUGGCUAAAUCAGUCUUAUAGAAAAUUUCAGAUACUAUGUUGCAAUACAUUGCUUCAAGUUAAAUGUAAUAUGGGUACUUCAUGAGUGAGUAAUUUAAUAUAUUGAAUCUGUAGCUUUCUGGGAUGUAGCAAAUAUAGGAAAUCUCCCAUCACAAAACUUUGCCUUUUUUUGCUAUUCUACGAAUGUGGUAAAUGCUGCUUUGUGUUCUCUUAAUGCCCAAAUUCUUAAAGUGCUUUGCAUGGUGUGCUAAUGAGGUGCUCUGUUCUAACUUUAUGCAGCUGCAUGCUUGUAAUUUAUGUGAAUCAGCUCUCCUGGCAUGUCUAUAAUAAAGUAUUGCAUGCACUUUUCAUGUGAAUGGUGUUUUUUUUCCCAUCUUUUUUGCUAUAUUUCCUGUUUACGCACUUUACCUCUGAUAGUUCUGAUCUGCAGACAUAAUGUAGAAUUAUUGAAAUUCCUUUUAGCAUUUUUAAUGGUUCUCAAGCAUUUCUAAGUUCCACAUUGUCAAAUGGCUGUUAACAUUUUUACACUUGACCCUUGCAGCUGCCAUGUAACUUAAUUUCCCCCCAGAUAAUAUCUGUGAUUCUGACUAGUGGGGGCAGGGGGAGGUGCCUGCAUCAUUUGCAGUUGAUAUUUGAAAACAUGAUGGAAAUAAACUCACCUGCAAAUGGAUCUUUUAUGGAAAGAACCUGAAGCUUGCCUCAUGAAAAGGAAAGAUAGUGCAUUUUCCUGUGCAGUAGAUCUGCUUAUUAAUAAGCAUCUUUUUUGCAUAAACCAACCAGCCAAAUUAGGCAGUGCAAAUGAGAGUUCAUUUCUUCAUCAGUCACAAACAUCAGCUUAAGUCCUUGUCAGCAUAAAAUAGUAUCAACAUGCGUGAUCAUACUGAUGACUUAACUGUUUGAAAUCCAAUUGUGAUGCCACUCAAUUGUGCAACAGCACUCAGCAUGCUACUCCAGAGGUUCCAGAAACACCCUUCACCUCUUGUGAUAGUGCAACUUUUUGGGGUGGACUGUUAUCCUUACAUAUAAGUUUUUAGAAUGGUAAAGAUGUUUAAACUUCUGGUAAAGUAGGUUUCUUGAAUUUAAGCAUCCUAACCGUUGCUUUGCAAUGUUGCCUGGUUUAAAUUCAUUCAUGUAAUAAUGUGCUUUGUCAUUAUUUUAGAAGUAUAAACAACACUCGAAUCUUGUGGCCAGCUUCUCUUCCUCUAAGAAUUCAAAAUGCAUCUUUUUCAUGUUCUUAUGUGCUUUUAAAUGCUGCUUUUCUGAUGAAUUGUUGCUAAACAGUUUUCUUUUGGUUUUUUUGGGCUAUGCCUUGUUUAGGAUGCUAAAGUAAGUGUGUAUACUGUUAAUACAAAUGUUAUAGGUUGUGGUUUUAAUAGAGAAGACAGUGAUUCUUUGCGGGGAAGAAAAGAUUUUGUCUGCCAUUACAACUUGUUGCUACAUACUUCCAGAUCAUUUCAAGAUCAAAAGUUGCAUAAUUUUUAAAUGCAAUGACUAUUGUUUCCAAAAGGCUUUAGCGUUCUCAUUUGAGAAAUACUACUUCUAGAAACUCAAUUGCUACUCCUUUAAUUGGAGUCCUUUAAUGAACACUUCACUGAAAUAGAUUUGUAACAAUAUACUUUGUCCAGGAAAAUGUCUUGAAGAAAACAUUGAAGUGAUGUGAGCCGCC